CUUUCUCCUUCCGUCCGUACAAAACCCUAAUUCUUUCUCCGUUUCGAUUCUCCGGUCGAUUCUCUCAGAAUCUCGAUUUCUCAUACCAUGGCGAUCGAGUACACUGAGAUGUCUCUCCCGGAACAUAUUUUGCUCCAUCCAGAUCUUUACCUCGGAUCAACUAAAGAGCAGACCCAAACGGUCUUCGUUUAUGAGAACGGAGAGAUGGUUAAACGGGAAGUAAACUUUGUCCCCGCAUUUCUUAGGAUCAUUGAUGAGAUCCUCAUUAAUGCUGCAGAUAAUAAACAGAGAGAUCCGUGUAUGGAUUCUCUUAGAGUUUUUAUCGAUGAUGAGAAAGGGAAGAUAUGCAUCUACAACUCAGGGUCAGGAAUUCCUGUGAUAAUUUUGGAUAAUGACAACUAUCUACCUCAUAUCCUGUUUGGUCGGAUUCUUACAACUAGUGUCAUUCACGACGAUAAUGAGAAGAAGAUCACUGGUGGAAGAAACGGCUUGGGUGCUAAGCUUACAAAUAUUUUUUCCUCCGAGUUCAAGAUUGAAACGGCUGAUGGGGAGAACAAGUUCACAAAGGUUUUUAGAAACAACAUGAAGGACGAAGAUGAUCACCUUAUAAGCAGCUGCAAAGAUACAUUUACACAGAUUAGUUUCACGCCUGAUCUUCAAAAGCUUAACAUGAAAUGUUUUGGUGAAAGUAUGGUUUCUCUAAUGAGAAAAAGAGUACUUGAAGUUGCAAAUUUUCUGGGAAAUAGUGUGAAGGUUGAGUUGAAUGGUGUCCAUAUACCAUCCAUUUCAUUCACCAACUAUGUUGGUUUAUACCUCAAUUCAUCCAAGGAACCAGACCCUCUCCCAAGGAUUGCUGAGGAAUCUAAUGUUGACGGAUGGGAUAUUUGUGUGACUUCAAGUGAUGGAGAGUUUCAACAGUUUAGCUUCGUCAACUCCGUAGCAACAAUAAAUGGUGGUACCCAUGUUGAUUAUGUGACAAGCCAACUCACAAACCACAUUGUGGAAAUUGCCAAAAGAAAAAACAAGAACACUCAUCUUAAGACCCAUGUUCUGAUGAGCCAUCUUUGGGUCUUUGUCAAUGCACGGAUUGACAGCCCUACUUUUGAUUUUCCAAAAAGAGAAAAGCUGACUUCAGAUCAGAGCAGUUUCAUAUCUAAAGGCAAACUCUCAGAAGAGUUUCUGAAGAAAGUGGCAAAAUCUGCUGUAGUGGAGAAAUUGCUUUCAUUGGCAACUUUCAAACAGAGGCUUACUAUUGAAAACUUAGUUGAUGCGAACCACGCUGGAGGAGAUCUCUCUCAAAAAUGCACCCUAAUAUUGACUGAAGGGGACUCAGCGAAAGCUUUACCGAUGGUGGGGAUGUCUGCUCUUAACCGUAAUCUCUACGGUGUGUAUCCACUUCGCGGUAAAUUAAUCAACGUGAAAAAAGCUAGCGAAGCUAGGAUUACUAAGAAUAAAGUGAUUAGGGACAUCAUGGAAAUCAUUGGUUUGAAGAAGUGUUAUAACAAGUACAAAAACACCAAGAGUCUACGGUACGGGAGACUAAUGAUAAUGACAGAUCAGGAUCAUGAUGGUACUCAUAUAAAGGGUCUGAUCAUAAAUUUGUUCCACACUUUUUGGCCAAGUUUAUUGGAGCUUUCCCCAUCAUUCAUUGUAGAGUUUAUCACACCCCUUGUUAAGGCUACACAACAUGGAACCCACCGUAUUGAAAGAAUAUAUUCAAAUCCUGCAUACAACAACUGGAGCAAAACAAUAGAGCAUGAUAAGUGGUCCAUUGAUUAUUAUAAGGGAUUGGGCACAUGUACUUAUGAAGAGGCUUGUGAAUAUCUUGCUCAUAUUGAUAAUCAUACUAAGGAGUUUUUUUGGGCGGGUGACAACGAUGGAAGAUCAAUUGAUGUCGCAUUUAAGACAGAGGACAUUGCCGCCAAAAAAAUAUGGCUCGAGGAAAUGCCAAAAGUUUAUAUUGGUCGGCUCAAUCGGCGGAUGUCGUAUGGUAGCUUCAUUAAUGAGGAGUUGAUAUUCGCCGCUCAAGCGAUUCUCGAAAGAUCAAUUCCUUCCCUUAUUGAUGGAUUUAGACUUGCGCAAAGAAAAGUUGUUUAUUCAUUGUUCAAGAGAGAACAAGAAGCCAAUGUUAACUUUGAAGAAAAAAUCAAGGUUACACAACUUGCGUCUUAUGUAUCGGAGCAUGCGGCUCAUCAUCACUGCGAGCGGAGUCUUUCUAGAACCAUCAUCCGUAUGGCCCAAACUUUUGUUGGCAGCAACAAUGUGAACUUGCUCCAGCCUUUUUGUCUAUUUGGUUCGAGAGCUUCGGGUGGUACACAUGACGUGGAUGCAAGAUAUAUUCACACAUUGCUCUCUUCCAUAACAAGAUUACUUAUUCACAAGGAUGAUGAUGAUAUUCUGGAAUACCAUAAUGUAUUCGGGAGAAAGAGACAUCCAGAAUGUUUUCUGCCUAUCAUGCCUAUGGUACUUGUCAAUGGGUCACAAAGUGUUGGAAUGGGAUGGAAUCGUUUCAUCCCCUCUUAUGAUCCAAGAGUAAUCAGUUCUAAUAUCAAGCGGCUUCUUCGUGGUGAAACACAAACUCCGAUGCUCCCUUGGUAUAGAAACUUCAAGGGAGAUAUCAAACAAGUUUCAUCUAAUGAGUAUACAACCACGGGUAUAUAUGAUGUGAAUGACAAAGAUAGAAGUAUUCGCAUCACCGAGUUGCCUGUCCACGUGUGGACAAUGAAUUACUUAAAGGUUUUGGAGAGAUUGAAGAAACACAGUGUUAUCGAGGGCUACAAGAAUGACAGUGAUAAUACGUCAAUUGACAUAAAGUUGUCUUUAUCUGAAGAGCAGAUGAAGCGUUUUCUGAACGAAAAGAAUCCAAGAAAACUUUUGAGACUAUCCACGACCAUAAGAACCAACAACAUGCAUUUGCUGAAUAGGUUUAAUGUCCUCACCAAAUAUGAAUCUCCCGACAAAAUCCUUGAAGAGUUCUUUGAGGAGAGGCUAAACAUGUAUCGUGUAAGGAAGGAACAUAUGGUGCAAAUUUUGACUUUUGAGCGGGAUAAGUUAGAGUGUAAAGUAGCAAUUUUCCAAAGAGUUCUCAAUGGAGAAAUAAACAUCGCUCUCAAUCUUGAUGCGGUCUUGCAAGAGAAAGGUUUUAAAAAAUACGGCAAGACAAUUAACGAUCGCUUUCCAAGCUAUGACUACCUAACAGAGGAUCUGAUGUCGAUGAUUAGAGAUCCUUCAAAAGUAGAUGAGUUAAUGGCAGAAUUAGGGGACGUGAAUAAAAGACUGGGGUACUAUAGACUCCUAACGGCAGAAACUCACUGGAAUAAUGAGCUAGAUGCUUUUGAUAAAGCACUUGAGGGACUUGAGGGUUUUGGCGAAGAGUCUUCUGGAUCAGAGUCUUCUGGAUCAGAGUCUUCCAGAUCACCGAUCAAGAAGAAAACUAAAUUGCAAAAUGCCUGAUGAGGAAUUCACGAUGGUCCGUCAGGUAAUGGAAACAGCCCUGGCUCAAUAUAUUUGAGAGUCUUAGGGCAAAAAAAAAUUUUUUGGCCUAUUAUUAUAUACAA